GGCAGGCGCAACACGCCAGCGAGGCAGAAAAGGCUGCCCGCCCGCCCGCGAAUAAGCCAGCCACACAAGCCACCACCGAAGCGAGCACCACCGCUACAGGACAGAUGGAGCGGAGCCCCGCAUGGAAGCCACCGCCGCCGCCCGAGCCCAGCACUACAAAAAGGAGGCAGCGCAGCCUGUCCCCGCGUCCCCAGGACUACCACCCGGCGCGCAUCCGGAAGGUCGCCUGGCCCCGCGACGCCCCGAAGCCGAGCGAGGCCGAGCUGCGCGCGACGUUCUCGAAGCUCGCGCCCGUCGCCAACGUGGGUAUAGGCAGCUCCAAUCAAGCGAUCGUCGUCUUCACGACCUGUGAAGGGGCCCAAAAAGCCCAGGACGACUAUCAAGGCUUGUGGCGCGUGUCCACUCCAAAGGUCUCGCACGAGGAAGCUAAGAAAACCCUGAAAGUGAUGAAGGAGGCCGCGCCCGCCACGCCGGUCCAUUCGCCGCCCCAUUCCCGUUCUCCAUCACGAUCACGUAGUCCUCGGCGACGACGGCGGUCCGGCUCCUUCGACUUAUCGGCGUUGGUCGCCAAAGAUAAACCAGCAGAGUCAAGAAGGGACCUCGCCAAGCGCAUAUUGGUGGUGUCCUGGGACACGACGAAGCCGCCGCCCGAAGACUCGGAGCUGAGGUGUUUCUUCGGGUUCUUUGAUUUUGUCCUCGCGACGCACGUCACGCCGAGGCGCGGUUUAGUGUUGGUCGCCUCGCGCGAGCACGCGGAAAAAUGCGUCGCGGCGUGCCGGAAGCACCAGUACCAGCGCUUCCGCGUCCGGGUGCUGGGACGGAAGGGCGCCGGUACAUCACCAGCGGUGCGUCAUAUCAGAGCAGCAACACGCGAGUCGCUUUCGGUAAGGUGGGGCUGGGAGGCGGCCGAGACGCCCUCGCCGGGCUCCAAGUCCUUCGCCGUGCCGCGGACGCCGCGCAGUUCGCGCCAGUCGACGCCCGACCGCUACGGCGAGGGCGAAAGGCCCUACGUCGUCGGCGGCAUGCUCCUGGCCGACGACGCCAUGUCCGUCUCGUCGGCGUCGUCCGUGGACGAAGGGCCUUCUGUUAAUAGACGCGUCGCGUUCGGGACGCCCGUCAAGAAGGAGGCUGUUGUGAUGCGCGAGGCGCCCGUCGCCGCUGCCGCGGCGAAGCACCACCACCACUCCCACAAGAAAGAGGCGCCGCACCCGCCUUCAUUAACAAGGGAGGCCGCCGUCGCGAACGAGGCGCCCGCUGCGUCAGUUUCCGUGAAGAAGCACCACCACUCCCACAAAAACGCUGCGACGAGCCCCGCGCCUCGCAAAGGCACGGAUGUGAUGACUAGCCCUCCUCCUUCAAAAGGAGCCGCGGACGCGAUGACGAGUCCGCCGCCCGUGCCGUCUUACAUGCGACGGACGGGCCCGUCGCCCGCCGAGCGGAACUACGCCGCCGUCGCCGAGUCGCUGGCGCGCGACGCCCUACAAGCGAAGAAGGAGGCCGCGGCGAUGCGGGCGCGCGCGCUGCGGGCCGAGGACCUGCUCGCGCUCGCCGUGCGGCGGCCGCCGACGGCGGCCUGGCGCGAGGCGGCGCCGCCUUUGCGGCCCCGGGCUCCAUCAAUUCGCCGCCGCGUCAACCCGCGUCCACCAAGCGCGCGGCCCGAGGACCUCUACGUCGAGUACGCCGACGAGGCGCGGGCGCCGGCGCCGCGCUACGCGCAGAUGACGCUGAGCCAGCAGCGGCGGCGGUUUGGGGUUGAGGACUACCGCGCCUUCCGGGAGUCCGUCUGCUCGCAGCCGCCCCACAACUGGUACGACUCGAAGCCCGCCGUCGGGGCCUACUAAUUAAUUUAUCUGAUCACGUCGAGUGGCG